UCAUGACACCAUUAAGCGAGAACCACACAACUACAUAAGACACAAACUGACAGCGCUGUGGACGCCACAUAAACAUGCUAGAUUCUGAUUGGCUAAAUUAUCGAAGUAUUCGGCGUUCAUUGGCUAGCAAAGAAUCCGGAAGUAACGUCUCGUAUAUGUCGGUUUUUUCCGGCGAGUGAAUUGAGAUUGUCUCGUCAUUCUUAACCUAAGUAACAAAGUCAUAAAGAAAUCUUUGAUCAUGAACAAAGUAUCUGUUCACCAAUAGUAAGGUCAAACCGAUAAAUAAACAAAAUAGCUUGUUUCGGUGCUUUCCAAAAUCUACCAAAAAUACCAAUUUUAUCAUCAUCUGGGCCAAAACAUUAUUUUGAAAUAAUUACAAAAUGGGAGAGCGCUACAAUAUUCAUUCUCAAUUAGAGCAUCUGCAGUCCAAAUACAUUGGGACGGGCCACGCCGACACAACCAAAUUUGAAUGGCUAGUAAACCAGCACAGGGAUUCCUGUAGUAGUUACAUGGGACAUUAUGAUUUGCUCAAUUUCUUCGCCAUCGGCGAGAAUGAAUCAAAAGCACGCGUCCGUUUUAAUUUGAUGGAGAAAAUGCUACAGCCAUGUGGUCCACCACCUGAAAAGCCCGAAGAUUAAGACAAACUAGACUCUACCAGUUUCGCUAUAUUCACGAUUACCCUUAAUCAUAUUUUAUACUAUACAUCUCGCUACUCCAAGAAUCAAGUGAAAAUCCAUUUUUCUUUAAUGUAAAUUUAUUUUAACAAAAAUAGCAAUAAAAUCAGCU